AUGGAUAACCUGCAGGAGACCUUCCUCAGCCUCGAAGAUGGCUUGGGUUCCUCAGACAGCCCUGACCUUCUGGUCCCCUGGGACUGGAAACACAGGGCCGGGCCAUUGGAGCUGAACCAGCCUUCCCCUUCUCAGAGUCUUUCUCCAGCUCCAUCCCUGGAAUCCUAUUCUUCCUCGCCCUGUCCAGCUUCGGCUGGGCUGCCCUGUGGGCACGGUGGUGUCGGUGACCAGGGUGUCGAUGCCUGCAGUGGCCUUGGGACCAGUGGCCUGGUCGAGGUGGACUACAACAUGUUGGAUUUCCAGCCCAGCUAUCUGCAAGGUGUUGGCCUCCCCAAGGUGCAGAGGGGCACCAAAGUCAGGAUGUCUGUCCAGCGGAGAAGGAAGGCCAGUGAGAGGGAGAAGCUCAGGAUGAGGACCCUGGCAGAUGCUCUGCACACCCUCCGGAAUUACCUGCCACCUGUCUACAGCCAAAGAGGCCAGCCGCUCACCAAGAUCCAGACACUGAAGUACACCAUCAAGUACAUCGGGGAACUCACCGACCUUCUCAACAGUGUCAAGAGAGCCUAA